UCAUCGCCAUAUCAUUAGCCCGCCCCUCACCAAAAACAAACGAACAUAAAAACCCAGCCUAACAAUGUCUUUCCUUUCAAUUCAAAUCCAUCCAAAACCCUAACAAAAACCAGGGCAGGAACGAACAAUGUCAAUCGUGUUUCAAAACCUCUUAUCCCCUCCUCCCCCUCGUUUAAACCCUUAUAUCAAAAACCCUAAUUCACUCCCUCCAAUCACCUCCCUCCAUCUCAGCUUCCCCAACCCGGAUUCCGGUGUUUUACGAUCCCAAACCCGAAAUUUUCUCCAUUUCAACUCCCGCCAUACACCUGUCAAUCCCUUUCCCAAAGCCUACAAUCCAGAUUUUUCAAUUGCCACCUCACCAGGACAAAACCCCAAUUCUAAUACUAUCAAUUUAGACUCUUUUCUGUCUGCCACUGAACUUUUUUGCAUUAUUUCUUCGGCUGUUGUUUCCAUUGUUUGUGCCUUUUCGGAUUGGAAAGGUGUCGUUUUGGGUGGGAUAUGGAGAAGUAUCAUCGUAUGGAGAGUUUUAGGAUUGGUGUGUGGGAUUGCAAUUGGGGCGUGGAUUAGGAAGCGUCAGUGGCGGAGGAUUUGUGUCGAAACGGACAAGGCCGGUGGAAAAGGAGUGAAUUUGGUCGGUAGGAUUGAGAAUUUGGAAGAGGAUUUAAAAAGCUCCGUUACGAUUAUCCGUGUUUUGUCUAGGCAACUUGAGAAGUUGGGAGUUCGGUUUCGGGUUACAAGGAAAGCUUUGAAACAACCUAUUGAAGAGACUGCAGCCUUGGCUCAAAAGAAUUCUGAGGCUACUAGAGCAUUAGCAGCUCAAGAAGACAUCCUGGAAAAGGAGCUUAAGGAAAUUCAGAAAGUUUUGCUGGCAAUGCAGGAGCAACAGCAAAAACAACUCGAGUUGAUCCUUGCAAUUGCAAAGUCAGGGAAGUUGUUUGAAGACAAGCGGGGACCCAGUCAUCGGAAAGAUACAGUUGAAGCAUGUAAAUCAACUGAGGAGACAAAACAAAUGGAAGUCCAUCAGAGUCAACGUACAACCAGGGGAUCUAGCAAUGAUAAAUCGUAAGAAUUCAAAUCGGCUGAUGUAAUUGGUGUAAGUGCAACAGUGUAAUGUCAGUUUGUCAGCAUACAAGGGCUCAUCAACUGCCAUAGAACUCACCUUAGCUGCUUGGGCAUAAACCUCUUUUGUUUUCUCGAAUCCUUCUUGCCUGUUGACAGAUUGAUCCUUGCAGACCUGCUGCAAAUGAUGAUGGAUGAAGAGCUAGAAAUGUUUAGUAACAUAAUAAAAUGGUACACUUGCUUAUUUUCAGUUGAGCAUAGAAACAUGCCAAUAUGAAAGACAUGGCUUUUUUGUGCUUAACUUGUAUCUGUAAUUCUUCUUUUACGAGAUAU